AACCAGACUUAUUUAAGAGAUUCUCGAAUGAUUUAAGUGACGAAUUCCACUUUGAAGACGUCACACUAAAUGUGAAUUUGGGAGCCCUCAACUCAGUAUCAACCGACUCUUCCGCUCUUGGGUUGACGGCCUCACAGAUUUCACCAUGGCGCAAGCUGUACGCACUGCUGUCCUAAGUACAAUAUCUUCGCCAUCAAUUGCAGCAGGAAAGACAUCAGAAUGGCUUGUUUUGCUUGCAGACAAGCCUGGAGUUCUUGAACGUCGACUUCAGAUCCGCCCUGUACACUCCAAAAACUUUGUUCGACUUCAUGAAAGCGGCUUCGUAUCAUGGGCAGGCCCAGUAUUCGAGGAGCACGUUAUUGAAGGAACUCGGCCAUUCAUAGGCUCCAUCAUGGUGGUGAACGCACCAAGUCGCGAAAUAGUGAAGGAAACACUUCAAAAAGACAUUUUUGUCAAGGAAGGGAUCUGGGAUUGGGAUCAUGUUCGGAUUUUCCCGUUUCGGACAAUUUUACGGCAGGCUGCGAGUAAAACCGCUUGAGAAUUUGAACAUCUUUUGAC